AUGUCCGAAAGACCUCUGCUUCAAAGUGCCCCUGGCAAGCGCAUUGCCCUUCCGACCCGCGUUGAGCCAAAGGUCUUCUUCGCCAACGAGCGUACAUUUCUAUCAUGGCUCAACUUCACCGUUAUCCUCGGUGGUCUUGCUGUUGGGCUCUUGAAUUUCGGAGACUCGGUCGGCCGUAUCUCCGCUGGACUAUUCACCCUGGUUGCCAUGAUGGCUAUGAUAUACGCACUUGUCACUUUCCAUUGGCGAGCGAAGAGUAUAAGGGUGAGAGGUCAGGGUGGCUUCGAUGACAGGAUUGGACCCACCGUCUUGGCUCUUGCUCUUCUGGCUGCCGUGAUAGUCAAUUUCGUCCUCAGGGUUGUCGAGGCUUAA